CACUUGGCUUGGAAGGAGCAAGCGCCACGAAAGGUCAGAGGAAGGAGUCUGUGGGAAGCCCGCAGCAGGUAUCGGAGCUUCAGCCAGUGGAUUUGGGGGGCCCCAGGGGCUCCCUCACCGACUGAGGUGUGAGUCCGACUCUGCCGAAAAUGGAGCGGACAGGAAAGCACCGGGACUUUCAGGGCUCUGGCUUUGCAGGGAGCCGAAAUGACCAUGACUGCCAACAAGAAUUCCAGCAUUACCCAUGGAGCCGGAAGCACUAAGGCCCCCCGGGGGACUCUGAGCAGGUCUCAGUCCGUCUCUCCACCUCCAGUUCUCUCUCCACCACGGAGUCCCCUCUACCCACUCAGCGACAGUGAAACCUCAGCGUGCAGGUACCCUAGCCACUCCAGCUCCAGGGUGCUCGUCAAGAACUGGCACCUUCGUGAUCCUUCACCCCAAAAUCCUCAGGAACUCUGCGCAGACACAUCACCGCUUGGCUGUGCCCUCAAGGCCAGCAACUUUGGUUCCUUGGACAGAAGCCCUUCUGUGUACAAGAGAGAAGACCAAAAGGGGAGCGUGCAAGACCUGGCCCAGGAUGUAGAGGGAGUAGCCUCCUGCCUCCCCCUUGCCCAGAGCACUCCAUUCCUGGGACCUGGCUCCCGGAGUGCCUUGCUGACCCGCACUGGCCCCCGGGCCCACAACCUGGGCAUCCGGGAGAAGAUAUCAGCAUGGGAAGGUCGCCGCGAGGCCUCUCCCAGGAUGAGCAUGUGUGGGGACAAGCGGGAGGGCUCCGGCGGCGAGUGGGCGGUCAGUGAGGGCUGCCCAAGUGUGGUGCCGUCCCCCUGCAGCUCAGAAAAGACUUUUGACUUCAAGGGCCUCCGGAGGAUGAGCAGGACCUUCUCCGAGUGUUCUUACCCUGAGACCGAGGAGGAGGGAGAGGUGCUGCCCAACCGGGACUCUCUGCACCGGCCAGAGAAGCGGCCAGGCCGGAGUGAGCACAGUGCCUUCCUCAGGGCACAUGGCAGCAGGAAGGAGAGCUCAGCUGUGCUGAGCCGGAUCCAGAAGAUUGAACAGGUUCUAAAGGAGCAGCCAGGUGGGGGGCUGCCCCAGCUCCCCAGCAGCUGCUAUAGUGUAGACCGAGGGAAAAGGAAGACCGGAACCUUGGGAGCCCUGGGAGAGCCAGCAGGCAGUGCGAGUGUGAGCGCCAGCAGCAGGGCAGCAGGAGUGGGAGCAGGUGGCGGGGAGGCGGGCCCACCCCUAGAAAGGGAAAACAGUGGUUCCACAAAACCAGGGACCCCUGGAAGUAGCCCCAGCUCCCAGCUGCUGCCCUCAAAGAGCUCCCAUGAUCCCGCAGUGAACCCUGUCCCCAAACCCAAGCGCACCUUUGAGUAUGAGGCUGACAAGAACCCCAAGAAUAAGCCAAGCAAUGGUCUACCUCCUUCGCCCACACCUGCUGCUCCACCUCCUCUACCCUCCACCCCAGCCCCACCAGUUACCCGGAGACCUAAGAAGGAUAUGCGUGGUCACCGCAAGUCCCAGAGCAGAAAAUCCUUUGAGUUUGAGGAUGCGUCCAGUCUCCAGUCCCUGUACCCCUCUUCUCCCACUGAGAAUGGUACUGAGAACCAACCCAAGUUUGGAUCCAAAAGCACUUUAGAAGAAAAUGCCUACGAAGACAUUGUGGGAGAUCUGCCCAAGGAGAAUCCGUAUGAGGAUGUGGACUUAAAGAGCCGACGAGCAGGCCGAAAAUCCCAGCAACUGUCUGAGAACUCGCUGGACUCUUUGCACAGGAUGUGGAGUCCUCAGGACAGGAAGUACAACAGUCCACCCACGCAGCUCUCCCUGAAACCCAGCAGCCAGUCCCUGCGCAGUGGGAACUGGUCAGAAAGGAAGAGCCACCGGCUGCCACGAUUACCCAAGAGACACAGCCAUGACGACAUGCUGCUGCUGGCUCAGCUGAGCCUGCCGUCUUCUCCCUCAAGCCUCAAUGAGGACAGCCUCAGCACCACCAGUGAGCUGCUGUCCAGCCGCCGGGCCCGCCGCAUCCCCAAGCUUGUUCAGAGAAUUAACUCCAUCUACAGUGCCAAGAGGGGAAAGAAGAGGUUAAAAAAGCUCUCUAUGUCCAGCAUUGAGACAGCAUCGCUAAGAGAUGAAAACAGUGAAAGUGAGAGCGACUCCGAUGACAGGUUCAAAGCCCACACACAGCGCCUGGUCCACAUCCAGUCAAUGCUGAAGCGCGCGCCCAGCUAUCGGACCCUGGAGCUGGAACUGCUUGAGUGGCAGGAGCGGGAGCUCUUUGAGUACUUUGUGGUGGUGUCCCUCAGGAAGAAGCCAUCCCGAAACACCUACCUCCCGGAGGUCUCCUACCAGUUUCCUAAGCUGGACCGACCCACCAAGCAGAUGCGGGAGGCAGAGGAAAGGCUCAAAGCCAUUCCACAGUUUUGCUUCCCUGAUGCCAAGGACUGGCUCCCCGUGUCCGAGUAUAGCAGUGAGACAUUUUCUUUCAUGCUAACCGGAGAAGAUGGCAGCAGGCGCUUUGGCUACUGCAGACGCUUACUGCCAAGUGGGAAAGGGCCUCGGUUGCCAGAGGUGUACUGUGUCAUCAGCCGCCUGGGCUGCUUUGGCUUGUUUUCCAAGGUGCUGGAUGAGGUGGAACGCCGGCGUGGGAUCUCUGCUGCCUUGGUCUAUCCCUUCAUGCGGAGUCUCAUGGAAUCGCCCUUCCCGGCUCCAGGCAAGACCAUCAAGGUGAAGACGUUCCUGCCAGGGGCUGGCAAUGAGGUGUUGGAGCUACGGCGGCCCAUGGACUCACGACUCGAGCAUGUGGACUUUGAGUGCCUUUUUACCUGCCUCAGUGUGCGCCAGCUCAUCCGGAUCUUCGCCUCACUGCUGCUGGAGCGCCGGGUCAUUUUUGUGGCAGAUAAACUCAGUACCCUGUCCAGCUGCUCCCACGCCGUGGUGGCCUUGCUCUACCCCUUCUCCUGGCAACACACCUUCAUUCCUGUUCUCCCGGCUUCCAUGAUUGACAUCGUCUGCUGCCCCACCCCCUUCCUGGUUGGCCUGCUCUCCAGCUCCCUGCCUAAACUGAAGGAAUUGCCUGUGGAGGAGGCACUGAUGGUGAAUCUGGGAUCAGACAGAUUCCUCCGCCAGAUGGACGAUGAGGACACGUUGUUACCUAGGAAGCUCCAGGCGGCAUUGGAGCAGGCUCUGGAGAGGAAGAAUGAACUCAUCUCCCAGGACUCGGACAGCGACUCCGACGACGAAUGUAAUACCCUCAACGGGCUGGUGUCGGAGGUGUUCAUCCGGUUCUUCGUGGAGACUGUCGGACACUACUCCCUCUUUCUGACGCAGAGUGAGAAGGGGGAGCGGGCCUUCCAGCGCGAGGCCUUCCGCAAGUCUGUGGCCUCCAAAAGCAUCCGCCGUUUCCUUGAGGUUUUUAUGGAAUCACAGAUGUUUGCUGGCUUCAUCCAAGACAGGGAGCUGAGGAAGUGUCGUGCAAAGGGUCUCUUUGAACAGCGAGUGGAGCAGUACUUAGAAGAACUCCCAGACACUGAGCAGAGUGGGAUGAAUAAGUUUCUCCGAGGUUUGGGCAACAAAAUGAAAUUCCUCCACAAGAAGAAUUAAAACUCGUGUCCCAGGUCAUGGACUCCAGUGCCUUGCAGAGCCUAGAGCCAGGGGAGGGGGCCCAAAUGGGGACCCUUGGGACUGCCCCUUCCAGGCCAGCCCACCUCUGCCUCCACUAUUAUCCCAGGAUACUGUUUGUAAAUAAUCUGCUGUAAGCUUUCUUAACUGUUUUAUAACAAGCAAAAGAGUCUGGUAAAUAUUUGUAUAUUCCCAAGGGGCUGGGUGCUUUCCGGCCCUGCCUGAGCACGAAUGAAGUUUCAUUGGGUGCUGGUAACUGGCCAGUUCUGUGCAGCUGACUGUCUCAGCCAAACCACUGACCUUCCGGGAGCCUUGGCCUGCCCCCCGCCUGCCUGCGACCCCUGCUGCCAGUCUUGGGUCCCUGAGAGCAGGUGCUAUCUUGUGAUGUACAGCAAGAUUUUUUUUUAAAGUCUUAUUAGAGUUUCUAUUUUUGUCCUGAGUGGCCCCCUCCCCACCCCCUCUGUUUUAAAAGUCAAAAGCCAAUCAAUCCACAUUUGCAGCAUAGCACCAAGGCUCCUGGGCCUUUCUGAGAUGGUCAGUGAGUCCCCAGAAGCCCACCCUACAGCUCUGCUAGUGCUGUAGGCUCUGUGGGCCCAGCUCCCAGUCAGCAGUGGCCAUGAUGCGGUACAGGGCAUCCCCCCUCUCUCCCACCUUCUACAGCUGUUCUCAAUAAACAGUGUACAGUUGUUGGGGCCCAGA